GUUAGUGUGUUUCAAAAUGGCUGCUAAAAGCGACCAGAAAAUAGCAGAAGGAUUAGAACAUUUGAGAUUGGCCGAUAAAUACUUGAAGACAUCAUUAUUCAAGUGGAAACCAGAUAAUGAUAGUGCUGCAUCAGAGUAUCAAAAAGCAGCUACAGCUUUCAGAAAUGCUAAGGCCUUUGAACAGGCUAAAGAGUCAUAUAUUAAACUAGGUGAUUUGCAGAAGACUAUGAAUGCACCAUUCCAUGCUGCCAAAGCAUAUGAACAAGCAGGUUUAUUGUGCAAGGAAAACAAACAAUACGAUGAAGCUGUUCACUGGAUGGAGCUAGCAGCCCUAAUGUUUCAAGAGCAUGGAACACCUGAUACAGCUGCUCUGUGUUUGGAUAAAGCUGCCAAAAUGGUGGAACAAGACAAACCAGAGAAAGCCAUUCAUUUAUAUACUAAAGCUUGCAAUGUAGCAGAGUGUGAAGGUAGGCCAAGGCAGUGUGCAGAAUAUAUUGGCAAGGCUGCAAGAUUACAGGUUAAAUGCUUUAAACACGAAGAAGCUAUCAAAUCACUUCAACAAGAAAUCAAAUAUUGGCUUGAAGCGGAAAACUAUACUUAUAUUAAAAAAGUGGCUAUGGGUGUUAUACUGCUUCAUCUUACACAAGAGGACUACGUUGCUGCUGACAUGUUUUUUAGAAAUUGCCUAAGUUACCCUGAGUUUGGGUCUAGUGAAGAGGCUGGAGCACUUGAAGAUUUGUUACGAGCAUACGAUGAUGGAGAUGAGGAGGCAGGUCAAGCAGUGUUGGCUAAACCCAUCUUCAAGUACUUAGAUAAUAUGUUUGCUAGGUUAGCAAGAGACAUGAAAUUCCUUGGUGGGAUAACAACUUCCCGCUCUGCUGCAACCACUAGCACCUACAGCCAGAAUGAUCAGGACCUGGAUGGGGACAACGAGGAGUUUAAAAAAGAUGAUGAUGAGGAGGAGGAAGAAUUACCUUCAGAGUUGUGCUAGUACCUUAGUAUCCUCAUUUGAAAAACGGGAAAACCACUUUGAAAAGAAAGCUAGUCAUUAUUUGUAAUAAAUGGAUUUUGAUAUAAAAAAUUCCAUUUCCUGUAAAGUAAAAUCCUUAAGUUAUAAAUCUACCAGCUGAAGAGUUUCCCUGUUUUUAUUCAUUUCUAUGGUACUUGUUGGUUAUGAUUUUAAACUUUUUUUUUUAUAAUAGUGUUUGCUCAUUAUAGCAUAGUGUAUGCUGAUCAUAGCAUAGUGUAUGCUGAUCAUAUCACAUUAUUUUAUGUACAUAGAAUAUGAUGGUUCUUUUCAUGUUACUCAACAAAUUGUGAUAAUUUUGAAUGUGUGAAGUCUAAAUGUUUUUAAAUGUUGAUAUGGGUGAUGCCUCUUACAAAAUACACUUUUGUUAAUUUUUGUGUCUAUUAUGGUGCUUCCUAAAAACUAAAACUACUUCUCAGACUAGUAUUAAGUUCACCUGGUCCAAUUGAUGUGUGAGAUGGAGGUGGAGAAACAUUUUGUAGCAAACAAUGCAUUAAUAAGCAGUUAAAACAUUAUUUUUACAGUAAGGAGAGUAAGAAAAAGAUUUUGCCAACUAUUGGAUGGAAUGGUAUGAUGAGGUUUAGACAGAUUUUUUGGGCAUUCAAAAUGUCUUAAAAUUUUAAAUAGUUGAGCUUGGGCCAGUACUUAAGUUCAAGCCAUUUCCUUCCAAAAUCAGUGUUCAAAAUAUUUUUCAAUUAUUUGUCGUUUGAUCUUUUAAGCCAUAUUCUAAAUAUAUGUUUUUACUAAAUGAAUAUACAUUAUUAAUUAUAUUAUAAAUGUCGUUGGCUGCAAAUCCUGUAGCUUAAUUUUCUUAUGGUAGUUCAGCAUUUCCCAAGAGAUGUAUAAAUGGAGGGUUUCAACACUUAGAAAGGAGGUGAUUUCCACACAUUUUGAAAAAACCUAUGUUGUAGUUCAUAUAUAAAUUAUAAUGAUGGGGAAUGCUGUUAUAGACUUUUAAAACUCACUUUGCUCAUCCUAUUUAGACUAUAUUUUUAACCUUCUUUUUAGAUGUAAUUAAACUUUGAAUUAUAAUGCUAUAGGAGAGUAAAAGGAAAACCUAUUUGAUAAUGUCUGUUAUUAAUUUUAAAAGAUUAAGAACAAAAAUAUUAAAUGUAAAAGGUCACAGUCUUUUUUGUACACCUUUGUAGAAAGAAAUGUAUGUUAAGUAUAAACAUUUAAAAAUAGUUACAUUUUCAGCAUUUAAAAGAAUUGUACAUGGUUGUCCGUUUUGAACAAUUUUUUGUUUUUGAAAUUUAGACAAGUGUUUCAAAUUAUUUUAGCAUUUAUAGUCCAUGAAGGGAGGUAAUCAACCCUACAAAACCAAUAGAGUUAGCUAUUGAAUUUUAGUGAUAUAAUAAAAAUGGUCAAAUUUUAUCCUCUGAUGUUUGCUCAUCUUUGUUUCGCAGUGUUAAGUGUAUUUCUGUACAGGGAGCUUAAUAUGUAGGCAGAGAUUAGUUGGCUUACAUUAUACAUGCCCUGCAGUUUUUGUGCAAUAUACAUGUUUGAUAAUAAUAAGAUGGUAACUUUUAGUUUUAUUCUUGUAUUAUCUAGUGGCUAAAAUAUUUUUCAAUAAACUUUAUAAAAAAUG